UGUUCUCAAAUAUUUUAUUGUUUCUUUGGAUAAAUUAAUAAAAACUGGCACAAAAUGGGUAAACUAGAUGUUGCUAUAUUACGCUAUCUAACCAGUGAAGAUUUCCGAGUUUUGACUGCGGUGGAAAUGGGAAUGAAAAACCACGAACUGGUACCCGGGUCGCUGGUAGCAUCUAUAGCUAAUUUACGUCACGGUGGUGUUCAUAAGUUGAUGAAAGAAUUGUGUAAACAUAGACUGUUGACGUAUGAACGUGGAAAACAUUAUGAUGGUUACCGUUUGACAAAUGCAGGUUAUGAUUAUUUAGCACUUAAAGCGUUGACAAACAGGAAAGUUAUUGCAUCAUUUGGUAACCAGAUCGGUGUAGGCAAGGAGUCUAAUAUUUAUACAGUUGCUGAUGAAGACAGGAAUCCACUUUGCUUAAAGUUGCACAGGUUAGGCCGCACUUGCUUUCGGAACGUCAAGGACAAGAGAGAUUACCAUGCUCACAGAAACCGAGCAUCAUGGCUAUACCUCUCCAGGAUAUCUGCCACCAAGGAAUUUGCAUAUAUGAAGGCUUUACAUGAAAGGGGGUUCCCUGUACCCCGCCCUAUUGAUUUUAACAGGCACUGUGUUGUAAUGGAUCUGGUGCAAGGUGGACCUUUGACACAUGUAACAUCAGUGCCCGACCCUGGAAGAUUGUACGAUGAGCUGAUGGACCUGAUUGUCCGGUUGGGCAACUGUGGUGUUAUACAUGGAGACUUUAAUGAGUUUAAUAUCAUGCUGGAUGAAGAAGGACGGCCCAUUAUCAUUGAUUUCCCGCAAAUGGUGUCCACCAAUCAUCCUAAUGCCGAAUUAUAUUUUGAUCGUGACGUGAAAUGUGUCCGUGAGUUCUUCAAGAAGCGCUUUGGGUACGAGACGGACACAUAUCCCAGGUUUGAAGACUUGGAGCGAGAUGAUGAGAUGGACACGGAGAUUGCCUGCUCCGGGUACAAGCGGACCAGGGGGGUGGAUGAUGAGUUGUUACAGGAAAUGGGUAUCGGCCUCCAAGUCAGUGAUGAUGAAGACAGUCAGUGUGGUGAUGAGGUAACUGAUGAAGUUAAUACAAAAACGAAUUACGAAGAAGACGAGGUAACGGCGCUUAGGAAUGAGGUUGAAAAGUCAAUUAUGAACGAUGAGAGAAAAACAAACGUAGAAGAAAAAACAUCAAAAACAAUGUCCUUACGUUUAGAAAAUGAACAAAAUGACGAAGAAAUACCAAAAUUAGUUCCAAGUGAACUUAAAAAUGAUGAUACUACAUCCAAAAUUGAUACAAAUUCACAAAAAUACAGAUUAGCUAUGAUAGAGAAAGCUCUAUCUGAUGUCAGAUCUAUGAGAAGUUAUACUUCAGCCAGUACUAUAGCUCCAGAAGUAGUUAAACAGCAGGUAAAGAAGAAUCUAGAAGAUAGACAGAAGAAGAUGGAGAGGAAGAAAGCUAUAGCGAAGGGAGAAGCGAGCGCGGUCACGAGACAAAGAAGAGACAACAGAGACACUAUUAGAGAGAGUCACGGAUUAUGGGGAUGGGCAGAAUAA